AUGACUCAAGGCGCUUUUCAUCAUCGUCGCACACCCUCGGGUUCGAAUGCCACUAAAGUGAGGACCUCCCGGCCGGCACUACAUCGGAGAGGCACUUCCUGGGUGAAUCAUUCCAUCUCAAAGCUAGGCUCUGGACAGCCCAACAAGCAUUUGCAGGUGGAAGACGACCGGCAACCCGAGAUGGCGGCCAGCUUCCUCAAUUUCUGCGCCAUGUGCGAGAGACAGAUAACAGUGCCAGACAAUACUCUUCUUUACUGUAGUGAAAGCUGCCGUCGCAAGGACUCCCAUAAACCACUUUCAGCAUCCUUCUCAUCUGCUCCCUCCAUGUCUUCAUCUUCGACUCCUCCGAGCUCCCCUUUAAUGUCGCCUCGGAUGAUUGUCGCUCCCUUGACCCCGACAAGAAGCUCCACCAGAUUGUCCAGCUCUGCCCGGAUACCCGGCGAGUGGCUUGAUAUCAAGACGGAUCAGGAUCCCAGCGAAUGGAAGCCUGUAAUACCGAUGGGUAACGGUGCUCAUUCAGUGGCAACCUCGGAUGCGUGGAAGUAUCUGUCCCAGUUCCACAACGAUGAUCGUGGUGUGCCGCUGCGCCGCCCUGGGCUCGGUCAUCGCAGCUCCGCCAGCCUGACUACUCUCAUGAGUAGCACGGGACCCGUUCCCUCGCUGACCCAUACGCCGUCUACGGUCGCGUCGUCGUUCAGCAGCAACGCGUCGGAUUACAUGAGUCAGAUGCACGAUCCGGCAUACCGUCCGUUGCCGCCGCGCCACAACCCGCACUUUUGCAGUUCGAGUGCGGCCAAAGGGGUUGAGCUGGUAGUUCCUCACGUCCAUGUGCAGGCUGAGGACGUCUCCCCCGUUGACAUGUCCAAUGAUGGGUCCAUCUUUCCUGCCAGCAGUGCACUGUGGAAUGAUAAGCCUCUCAACAAGACAUCUACCCUGACUACGACCUUGGGUGCAGUGAGCUCCGAUGUGCCUAUGCGUUCUGUCUGA